AUGCAGAAGAACUGCAGCUGCCGCUUCCUCUGCGGGGCUGACACCAGCGAGCCCGUCCUGCAGAGCAUCGAGAAGGCGCUGGACAGCAGGCAGGAGUACCAGGCUGAGGUCUGCUUCUACAAGAAGGGUGGAGCUGCCUUCUGGUGCCUGCUGGACAUCAUGCCCAUCAAGAAUGAGAAGGGGGAGGUGGUGCUCUUCCUCUUCUCCUUCAAGGACAUCACAGAGAGCCGAGGCAGGAGCCACCCUGGUGACAAGAAGGAGGAGAAGCAGAGGAGUGAGAAGCAGAGGAGCAAGAAGCCUGGGAACUCUCACCUGAGGGCUGCACGGAGGCAGGGCCGGACCAUGCUGCACCAGCUCAGCAGCCAGUUUGUCCGGAGGGACCGUGGCGAGAUGAAAAUCAACCGUAACGUGUUUGAGAACAAGCCCUCCAUCCCCGAGUACAAGGUGGCCUCGGUACAGAAGUCCCGCUUCAUCCUGCUCCACUACAGCAUCUUCAAGGCUCUCUGGGACUGGCUGAUCCUGCUGGCCACCUUCUACGUGGCUAUCACUGUCCCCUACAAUGUCUGCUUCACGGGCACGGAGGACAGCCUGUCAGCUGCCCGCAGCACCAUUGUCAGCGACAUCGCCGUAGAGAUGCUCUUCAUCCUGGAUAUCAUCCUGAACUUCCGGACAACGUACGUGAGCCAGUCGGGCCAGGUUGUGUACGACCCUCGCUCCAUCUGCAUCCAUUACGUGGCCACCUGGUUCUUCGUGGAUCUGAUUGCUGCUCUGCCCUUCGAUCUGCUCUACAUCUUCAACGUGACCGUGACCUCGCUGGUUCACCUGCUGAAGACGGUGCGGCUGCUGCGGCUGCUGCGGCUGCUGCAGAAGCUGGACCGCUACUCGCAGUACAGCGCCAUGGUGCUCACGCUGCUCAUGUCCAUGUUCGCCCUGCUGGCCCACUGGAUGGCCUGCAUCUGGUACGUCAUCGGCCGCAAGGAGCUGGAGAGCAACGACCCCCGCACCUGGGACAUCGGCUGGCUGCACGAGCUGGGCAAGAGGCUGGAGGCUCCCUACAUCAACAAUUCGGUGGGGGGCCCCUCCAUCCGCAGCGCCUACAUCGCCUCCCUCUACUUCACCCUCAGCAGCCUGACCAGCGUGGGCUUCGGCAACGUCUGCGCCAACACGGACACCGAGAAGAUCUUCUCCAUCUGCACCAUGCUCAUCGGGGCGCUGAUGCACGCCGUUGUGUUCGGCAAUGUCACGGCCAUCAUCCAGCGCAUGUACUCGCGCCGCUCGCUCUACCACACCCGCAUGAAGGACCUCAAGGACUUCAUCCGCGUCCAUCACCUGCCCCAGCAGCUCAAGCAGAGGAUGCUGGAGUAUUUCCAGACCACCUGGUCGGUGAACAACGGCAUUGAUGUUAAUGAGCUGCUGCACGACUUCCCCGACGAGCUGCGUGCGGACGUGGCCAUGCACCUGAACAAGGACAUCCUGCAGCUGCCCAUCUUCGAGACGGCCAGCCGGGGCUGCCUGCGCUCCCUCUCGCUCCACAUCAAGACCUCGUUCUGUGCCCCGGGGGAGUAUCUGCUGCGCCAGGGCGACGCCUUGCAGGCCAACUACUUCGUGUGCUCCGGCUCCCUCGAGGUGCUGAAGGACAACGUGGUCCUGGCCAUCCUGGGCAAAGGGGAUUUGAUUGGAGCCGACCUGUGCAGAACGGACCAGGUGAUCAAGACCAACGCGGACGUGAAGGCUCUGACCUACUGUGACCUGCAGCACAUCGGCCUGCGGGGGCUCUGUGAAGUGCUGCAGCUCUACCCAGAGUACGCCAGCAAGUUCACAGCUGACAUCCACCAGGACCUGACCUUCAACCUGCGGGAGGGCAGCGAGAUGGAGGUGGGUGCGUGUCCUGCUGCUCAGGCCCCUUCCUGUGCUCACAGCCCUGGGGCUGGGGCUGUGCACGGCCCUGGAAGGGGAGUCUGUGCUCUCAGUCCCCAAGGCUGGGGCAGGGGCUGCAGCUCUGCCACGCUGGCACGCAGGUAUGUCCUGGCCUGGCUCUGUGCAACCCGGGGAAUUGGCAGAGAGAGCCUUUGCAGUACAGGAGGAUGAGGUAGACAGAAGGCCAGGAAAUGGGGUUGGAGAG